AUGGCUUCUUUCAAGGAACACACUCUCUCGCGUCCUCUCCCCCAAUCCUCCCAACGACACCACCACUCCCACUCCAUGUCCCUCGGGGCCGUCAAUCCAAACCACCGCGUCACUCGUCGUAAGAGUGUCACCACAGCUACUGUUACCAGUGCUGCUGCUGCUGCCGUGGCUGCUGCUACCGUCAAGGACCCCAGCAGUGGUGAUUCCGCGGGUGUUCCCAUGCCUGCCUCUGUCAACCGUCGACCCUCCGGCCGCAAGCCUCUCAUGGAAUCCUCCUCGGUCGGACUACCCUCCGGUUUCACCGCGGCCACUUCCUCACCUUCGUUUUUCUCUCGGAGUAUGAACAGUCCUGGUUAUCAAGAUCCUUCGGUCGCGGGCAAGCUUUCGGUCCCGAACCAAUCCUCUCUUGCUCCGAAUGCUGGCUCCACCGCUACAAACACUCCGCCAAAUCCAUCGAACCUCUCUGCUUCCUCUUCUAAGAAUCGAAGCCGCCGUGUCAGUGAAGGUGCUCCCCCGACUAGAGAAGGAAAACGUUCCUUGGUCGAACUUCGCUGUGAACGUUGCGGGAAAGGGUACAAGCAUGGCAGCUGCUUGUCCAAGCAUAUGUGGGAACAUGACCCGGCUUGGGCUGUUACCUCGAAGCUAUUGAUCUCCAAACAUCAGCAAGUUCAACUCUUGGAAGCUGCUAGUGUUCUCGUCACUAUGAAUGAUGGCCCAGAGGAAUCGGAGUUAUCUUCCGCCUCACCCGACGCGUCUUCGGAGCGUCGUGAAGGUCUCAGUUCCGCCGAUACCACGCCCCCUCCCAUGGAGCAAGAUAUGGAAGAGGAUGAGGAAAGCGAAGAUGACGAGGAUGACCUGGAAAUGUCUGGCGUAUCAACCACCGCAGACAAGCGAUACGAUGUUCCCCGUGCCAACCGGAAUCCCUCCGGUCUUUUCUCCCACUCCUACCAAUCCAUUCCGUCGAGUUCGUUCAAUGAGAGUGCUCCAUUGCACUCACCGUCAUUUGCCAACUUCCGACACUCGAGCAUCGAGACGCGACCUUCGACGGCAAACACGAGGUUGCAUGACGACGAUGAGGCAGACUUGGCCGCGGCUAUUGGACUCUGCAACUUUGGCACCCCACGAUCGCGUCCUGUGGCCAUGUCGCCCAGCAUUCCCCCGGUGCCUUCGCUGCCAGGACGAUUCUUGGAUCCUGGCAACCAGAGUCAGAGCUUAGACCAGUCCCGACUCCCCGGAGCCGACACUGCCAUCCCUGGAUCCAUCCCCGGGUCCAUCCCGAACUUCCUGUCCGUAUCCUAUAACCCAUCUCUUUCCUACAAGGUAUCCGAUGAACGGGAAGUCCGGACAGGCGAUACAGACCGCACAUCGCGGCAGAACCGCAACGCAGAUGUCGACUUCGGGAACUGUCCGACGCAGGACGAUGAUGACGACGGCGUUUUUGGCCUAAUGGAGGAGUAA